AGAAUAAUGAGCUUGUGUGGAGCAAUAAGAGGGUGUGGCUUUUUACACACAGAGAGCAGAUAAGCUACGUUUGCCUAGCAUAGAGGGGCAGGAGUCACAGUCCUGAGCAGGGAGCAGUAACUAACUCUGCUACAUACUUCUGCUCUCUUCACAGUUUUCCUGGUAUUCCCCGGAAGCCAUAACAACUUGUACAGUCUAGGCAGAGAAGGAAACUUGAGAAAUUCCAACACGAAGACAUGAAGGACAAAGUCAGGAGAGGAGGAGGCAGAAGUCAGGCCAAGAAUGAUGACACAAGCUCUACCAGUACAGAUCUGAAAAAAGAUGAGGACACUUUCUCUGUAAAAAUACAGGGGGCAGGAGUGGAGCAGUUUGAACUGCAGGUGCAUGGAUUCUGGCUGGUUCAAGAUGCCAUAAUGACUUUGCUUUCAAGGGAUGAAGUGUUUCCACGUUCAAAUCUGUCCCUGUCUCUCGCUGGAGCAACUCUUGACCCCGUCUCACAAAUGCAAAAUCUUAAAGGAUUCAAACCUGGAUCUAUUCUUCGUCUAACUGAAGAGCCAUAUACUGCUCACUCAGCUCGACUCCACUUGUCUCGUGUACUUGAACUACUGAGAACAUCUGCACCUCAGGACGCACUGCGAGAAGGACGCUCGCCGAGUAUUUUGGACACCAUCACACAAAGUCAUACACAAGACACAAGUUUACAAAAUGGAAAGAACCUCAAACGCUCUUUAAGUAAUACAAAAACAGAAGUAACAAAUCAAGACAACACUCCUGAGUAUUUACUCCCUGGUUCUCAUGAAAGACCUCUGAUGGCUCUGCUACCAAAUAGCUCACAACCAGAGGCUCCUAGCUGUGUGAGGGACCUGAGCCUCAGCUGCUGGAAUCCUCCUCCAGGACACAGAAAGAUGCAGGGAGACUUCCUGUACAUUACCGUGGUAACAAUAGAGGGACGGCACUAUGACAUUACCUCCUGUCCAAAAGGCUUUUUUCUCAAUAGGUCUACAGAAGAAGUGUUUGAUCCCCGUCCAGCACAGUCAACUCCAGUCUGCCACUGUUUCACUGACCUUCUCUGUCACCUCAGCCCCGCAUUCAAACAAGCAUUUACCAUUCUCAAAAACAAGUUUCACUUGCCCCCACUUGAGGCCUUGCCCACCCCUUAUCACACUCUGAGCUGGUUGGGGCCGCCCUGCUCCUCUCGCGUUCAUAAAAACACAUUUAGCAGACUUGGUGUGGAUGAACAGCCAGCACAGGCUCCUGACUGGAAUGAAGAGUUACAAGCAGCCAGAGACCUUCCCCAAGGAAGCCUGGAGGAGAGACUGCAAAGAGACAAAGCUCUGCUACAGGUCAACAGUGCGUUUGUCAGAGCUGUGACUCGGGGAGCAGAAAAUAUCAUAGAUGGUUUUGUGGAACCUGUCAAUGGAAAUCCUGAGGACCCAGCAUUCCUGUGGGACGGUCUGUUUAUGAGCCAAGGAGCUGCAAGUGAUGUGUUUGGUGGAGAAAGAGGUCGGAGAGCGGCUCAGAGACUGGAGCUGAAGGGGGUCCAGUCCUACAGUGACAUAGAGGGGCCUAAGGGGCUGCACACUCUGCCCACAGCGGUGGUGGACUACAGAGGGGUGCGUCUUUCUGCUCAGGGCCUGGCUCCAGGAAUAGAAGGCUCAGAGCAAGACCAGGAAGCACCUCCAGCAUCAAGAGGCCUUCUGUAUGGAGUGAAUGCUGGACCCCAAGAAUCCCCUCAGCGCAGACGUCUACUUGAACACUUAGCACAAGCAGCCAAAGCUCUCUCCAUUCAAAGACAUGUCAUUGUGUCUCCCAAAGGAAAUGUGGUGCCACUCUUCACAUCCAUUGAUGCACAGGGGCUUGUAGGAGCUGAUCGGAGGUUUUAUGUGCUUGACGUCUUUAGAAGCUUCCCCGCUGAUGCCAACUUUUGUCCAGAAGCAGAUAAAGAAAAGGAGGGUGUUCUUGCUGAAGAUAUAGACCAAGAAAAUUGUCAAGAUGAAGUUAAAACAGCUUUUUGGCCUGACAAUUACUGUUCAGACACUGGAUUUCCAAAGUCUUUUCCUCAUGGGCUCUGUAGACUAAGACCAGAGUUGCUCCAGACAUUUAUUCAGCACAAACAUAAUCAGUUCAGUCAGAUUGUGAGAGAGAAGCUUGAUGAAAAUGGGGGUUUUGAAGAGUGUGCGGCAGCAGGUGACUCUCGGUCUACAAAUGCUGUCAAAGAAGCUUGUAAAGAAGUGGGUUCAGUCAGUGAUAUUAUUUUUGAGAUGCGCUUCAAUCCAAGUAUUUACGCCCCAGGGGUGAAAUUCCCUCGUACUGAAAAUGCAUCAACAAAUCUGCAGAGGAGGUUACUGCAGGAGGCAUCAGCCUUCAUAAUCACACAUCAGAUCCCUGCUUUUGUGGAUUAUUGUUUAGAAAAUAAUGAAGUUCCAGUUGAUGGUGCUUCCUUGAAAAAGGCCCUACACCAUAAAGGAAUCAACCUUCGCUAUUUGGGUCAUGUGGUUAAGGCUAUCAACCAAUCGGAAGACAAGGAGAGACUAAGGCACAUACUGAGGACAGCAAUCAGUGAAAUCUUUAUACGCUCAACAAAAAGAAUAUUCAACAGCUUUGUGCAGGGUGUGGAUGUGUCAAGUCUCUCUGCAGCUGUCAGUCACUUCCUGUGCUGCCUGUUGGUCCCACACUACACACCUGCUUCCAUUGGGGACGACAUGAAAAAGAAAUCACGACGAAGGGGCCGUGGGGCUGGGCCCUCUGAGAGCACACCUUGGAGCACUCUGACAGCAGCGGAACUCUGGAACAUGGUGUGCCAGGAUGCAGCCGAGACAUAUGGCAUCUCUGACAUACUAGGCACUGGCCCAAGCCACCUGGUUGAGCAGUAUGGCCUUCAGAAACUGUCUCUGCUUAGGGAGUUUUGUUUGAAGACUGGAGUACAGUUGAGGCUUAAAGAUUAUUUCCUGGACAACCAAAACAAAGCUCCACUCAAUCCAGAUGAUAUUCUUAACAUCUUCCCUGUUGUAAAGCACCUCCACAUGCCGAUUGUAGAUGCAUCAAAGGCUUUUCGCACAGCCCAGAUCUCAUUACAGAAAGGUCUCUUGGAUCAAGCUUAUGAGCAGCUGAAAGAAGCUACCUACUUAUAUGGCCGGGUAUGUGAUGAUCUUCAUCCUGAGGCAUGUUACUGUCACAGUGUUCUUGCCAGAGUGGCUUUCCUCAAGGGCAAGUCAGCAGAGGCUCGUAGUAUUCAACUAAAAGCAGUAGUUAUCAGUGAAAGAGUGGUUGGUUUUGACCAUCCAGACACUAUCCAGCAAUAUGCACUUUUAGCUGUGUACAUGCAUGCUGGAGGAGAGACGGCACUGGCUCAGAAAUGCCUGCUAAGAGCACGUCUUCUAAUGCUCACAGUCCAUGGAGAGGAUCACCCUUACACUGCUGCAUUAGAUAGUUGUCUGGGGCUAGUGAUGACAGGGAGUCAGUCAGAGCAAUACCUUAAGAAUGCACUCAAGCUCAACAUAUCCUUCUUUGGAGCCACUAAUCUGAACACGGCUCUCAGCCAGCACCUCUUGGCCCAGUUCAUGUGCAGCAAAGGUGACUAUAGAAGUGCUAUGGCACAUGAAAAAGAAGCGCUUUCAGCAUUUACCUCUAUGUUUGGAGAAGAUCAUGCUCAGACUCGCUGCAGCACAGAGUUUCUGGGCACCAUAACCAAACAAGCUGUAUGGGUGGAGAGGUCUAUCAGACAAGCUGGACCUGAUUGUUUUGAGCAAACAGUAGAGUGUCUCACUCCGACAGCUGAAACGAUUUUGGAGCAGAUGGUUCUGGUCACAGGAAUCAGAAAGAUUGUGGAGAGUGACAGGUUCCAGGAGUAUAAGCUGAAACAUAAGGAAAGAAAAGCUGCAGUGGCGAAAGAAGUAAUUGAAAGUUUACUUUCAAAGGCCAGCACUUCAGAGAAAGCCAGCAAAGACGAGAAACAGACCAUAAACCAAGAAAAAGAAAGCACAAACAAGGCUGCGAACAGUGAGGACAUAGAAGCUGAAGAAAAAAAAGCAAGUGAUAAUGAGCCAUUUGGUGAGACAAAUGAUGUGGAUUCAAUUAGUAGUGACACAGGUGAUGCAGGUGGAUCCGAUUCACCAACAGAUGAAGAGACCAAAGAUAAACAAGAGGCUGACGGUUUAAACGGAGAAAUCAAUGAAGCCACUGAGACCGUUGCAAAUCCGUCGGUUCUCAAGGCCAUGACUUGGGCUGAUGUUGUCUCAAAGCCAGUUGUAGCAAAUGGACCAGUGGGCAAUGUCCCAGUGGUUAAUGGGGGCUUAGAGAUGGCCCAAAACAGUGAGCCUGAGGAAUAAAAAAUGAGGGCACAGAAAGUAUGACAGCUGUCCAAGAUAUCCAAUUGUGUUUUGAUUCCCAAAAGAAUGAAGAAAACAAACCACAGGUGUUAGAAGACAAGUAUUACUGCUCAGAAGAUGGUGUUCGUAUAAAAAGGCUUUUACUUCAAUAAACUUUUUACUUUUUUGGAAA